GGGCGGCGGGCGCGGGGCAGCGAUGGCGCGCGUGGUGUUGGUGACCGGUGCGAGCGGCGGCGUGGGGCUGGCGCUGUGCCGGCGGCUUCUGGAGGAGGAUGGCCGCCUCCAYCUCUGUAUCGCCUGCCGCAACGAGCAGACGUGCGAAAACACGCGGGAGCGCAUCCUCGCCUACCACCCCAGCGCACAGGUCUCCACCGUGGAAGUGGACCUGGGUAACCUGGCAUCCAUCCUGCGAGCCGCCCGUGAGCUCCGCUGCCGGUUCAAUCGCCUGGACUUUGUCUACCUCAACGCUGGGAUCAUGCCCAACCCACACGUGAACUUCAAGGCCCUCUGGCGUGGUCUCCUCACCGGGAAGGUGCUCCACAUGCUGACCACUGCAGAAGGCAUCAUGACCCAGACAGACAGGCUGAAUGGAGAUGGGCUUCAGGAGGURUUCGCCACCAACCUCUUCGGGCACUUCAUGCUGGUUCGUCAGCUUCAGGCUCUGCUCUGCGGUAACGAGAAGCCCUCACGACUCAUCUGGACCUCCUCCAGCAAUGCCAGGGAAUCUGCCUUCAGCCUCUCUGACUAUCAGCAUGCCAAGGGGCAGGAAUCAUACAGUUCCUCUAAAUAUGCUACUGACCUGACAAGUGUGGUUCUGAACAGGAAAUAUAAUGACCAGGGUCUGUAUUCCAGUGUUGUUUGUCCUGGGCUCGUUAUGUCCAACAUGACCUACAGAAUUUUGCCCAUUUUUCUGUGGAAGCUGCUGAUGCCACUCAUGUGGCUGAUCCGAUUUUUUGCCAAAACUUACACUCUGACACCCUAUAAUGGAGUAGAAGCUCACGUGUGGCUGUUCAAACAGAAGCCGGAGUACCUGGAUUGUCUCGUCAAGUACCACAGCUGCACCACUGGACUGGGGAGAUGCUACGUGGAGGCUCGGAAGAUGGAUGUGGAUGAAGAUGUUGCUGAGAAAUUUUUCCAGAAGCUGUUGGAACUGGAGGAGGAGACUCUAGAGAAAUACAGUGAUCUCUUAGAUUAAGUAAAGACAGUCUCAGUAGGGUGAGAGUGUAUCAGUAACAUGGGAUUUCUUCAUUCUGGUGCUACUCGUGUCGCCUGACAUUCUGCAGGCACAUGGUUUCGGACACAAUCUUCCUUCUCGACAGAAGGUGAACAGUUCCUGAAAAUGGAAGUGUGAAAACUGAAGAGAGAUACUUAGACCUUUUACURUGGGACUUUUCUUUUGGCAUAAAACUGGAGACCUCGAGUGAGCAGAGUCCRUCUUAACACAGUUGCAAGGCAGUGUCUUGCGAAAGCGUGACUGAGCYGUGCACGGCUCAGGAGCAGCCUCAAAUCCUGUGGUUUCAAUCUGGCUCAGUGCACUAAAGGCAGCAGUUUGGGGUGCUGCCCUUCAUCUUAACUCUGCUGGUGUCUGUGGGUGGCUCAAACACAUCCCCUGUGGCUGAUCCUGACGUACUUGAAGGCUCACCUUCAGCUGAGCUGCUCUUGCUCUUGUUCACCAAAGCUGGAGCUGGCUGCACAGACCUGCUCAACGGGCCUGAGCCACGGGCAGGCAGGGUCUGCACAGCAGCUGAAYCCAAGCUCCUGAAGAGUUGGCCUGACAAACACACGCCUGCCUCAACUGUGAGGACCAAUGCCUUGUCCCCUGGGUACGGGCACUUAAGGGUUUUAAUUGUGACUGGCUGGGAAGGAUGGUGUGAACCUGGACUCGGGGCCAGUCUGCUCUGUUUGGAGCAAGAGUGAGAGGUUACCAUGUUGUUUUAUCUAUUUAACUCUCUUUUUAUAUAAAUCURUUGUACCAACUGUUCUUCCUGUUGUCUAUCUGGGGACCUUCACCAAAUACCUACCACCAAGUAACUUCAAGUGCUGUAAUCAAUAAAUGACUUGUCCUUGA